CUCCGGCCGGCUUUCUCCGGUUCUGUACCGCCCCGCCAUGGAGGAGCUUCAGAACGGCGCGGCGCUGCCCAGGCGCGGGCGGGGGAGGCGGCGGCGCCAGCCGCAGCCCCGCGACGGGUCGGUCUUGGCCCUGCCCUCGAGGCCCCGGAGGAUCCGCAGGCAUCGGAAAACCGCGGCGGCCCGCGUGGCCGCGGUGAGGGCUCACGCGCUGCUGCGGAAGGCCUCGGCCUCCAAGGUGGAGCCGGCCGCGGGCGCGCUGGAGGCGCCUGCCGAGCGGCGGGAGCCCUCGCGCUCCGCAGAGCCGCGGCCGGCUUCGGUGUCUGUGCGGCGCCACGUGGAGGGACGGCCCGCCGUCUCUCGCCUCCUGGGGACCCCGGCCCCCGUUCUGGGCCCGCGCGUGGAUGACGCGGAGCAGCCGUGGGACUCGCCGCUGCAGCAGGUGUUGGCCGAGCUGAACGGCAUCCCCAGCAGCCGGAGACGCGCCGCCCGCCUCUUCGAGUGGCUCCUGGCGCCCCUGCCCCCGGAUCACUUCUACCGGCGCCUGUGGGAGCGGGAGGCGGUGCUGGUGCGGCGGCAGGACCCCAGUUACUACGGAGGCCUCUUCUCCACCGCCGACCUGGACUCGAUGCUGCGCCACGAGGACGUGCAGUUCGGGCAGCAUCUGGACGCCGCGCGCUACGUCGACGGGCGGCGGGAGACCCUGAAUCCACCGGGCCGCGCCCUGCCCGCCGCCGCCUGGUCCCUGUACCAGGCCGGCUGCUCCUUGCGCCUUCUCUGCCCGCAGGCUUUCUCGCCCACCGUGUGGCAGUUUUUGGCCGUGCUCCAGGAACAGUUCGGGAGCAUGGCCGGCUCUAACGUUUACCUCACGCCCCCCAACUCCCAGGGCUUUGCCCCCCACUACGACGACAUUGAGGCUUUCGUGUUGCAGCUGGAAGGUCGGAAACUCUGGCGUGUCUACCGACCGCGGGACCCAAGUGAGGAGCUGGCUCUGACAUCUAGUCCCAACUUCAGCCAGGAGGACCUUGGUGAGCCGGUGCUACAAACGGUGCUGGAACCUGGCGACCUGCUUUAUUUUCCUCGGGGCUUCAUUCAUCAAGCCGAAUGUCAGGAUGGAGUCCACUCUCUGCACCUCACCUUGUCCACCUUCCAGCGCAAUACAUGGGGUGACUUCCUGGAGGCUGUACUGCCCCUGGCCGUGCAAGCAGCAAUAGAAGAAAAUGUGGAGUUCCGCAGGGGUCUGCCUCGAGACUUCAUGGAUUACAUGGGGGCCCAGCAUUCAGACUCUAAGGAUCCGAGAAGAACAGCUUUCAUGGAAAAGGUGCGGGUCUUGGUUGCGCGCCUGGGAUACUUCGCUCCCGUCGAUGCUGUGGCCGACCAGAGAGCCAAAGACUUCAUCCACGAUUCUCUGCCCCCCGUGUUGACUGAUCGGGAACGGGCACUGAGUGUUCACGGGCUCCCAAUUCGCUGGGAGGCUGGAGAGCCUGUCAAUGUGGGGGCACAGUUGAGCACAGAAACAGAAGUCCAUAUGCUCCAGGAUGGCAUAGCUCGGCUGGUGGGUGAGGGAGGCCGUUUGUUCCUCUAUUACACGGUGGAAAACUCCCGUGUUUAUCAUCUGGAGGAACCCAAGUGCUUGGAAAUCUACCCACAGCAAGCUGACGCCAUGGAGCUCUUGCUUCGCUCCUACCCAGAGUUUGUGAGAGUAGGGGAUCUGCCCUGUGACAGUGUGGAAGACCAGCUUUCCUUGGCAACCAUGCUGUAUGAUAAGGGGCUGCUGCUCACCAAGACCCCUCUUGUCUGA